GAGCAGCUGCGGCGGCGGCGUUUGAGUCGGGGAAAAUGGCGGAUGUGGGCGGCUCGGGGUCCCGCCAGCUGUGAGGAACCCCGAGCGCGGCCCGCGCGGCCCGAGGCAAGAGCGCCUCUUCUCUGGCCCUGUACUCGGCUCUCUCACCACCGUUGCCGGCGGAGCGAACCCGAGAGCGUGGAGCGGGCUGGGCCAGCUGCCUAUUGGAAUGUCAUGGCCAGCUCCUCGGACAGUGAAGAUGACAGUUUCAUGGCUGUGGACCAAGAAAUAACUGUGCUGGAUGGGACCCUGGAGCAAGAUGAGGAGCCCCGCCCCGUGCUGGCGGUUGAGGAGGCCGGGCCUGACAGAUCCAUGGCUGAGCUGCCGGAAGAGGUGCUGGAGUACAUCCUGUCCUUCCUCUCACCCUAUCAGGAACACAAAACCGCAGCCCUUGUCUGCAAACAGUGGUAUCGACUGAUCAAAGGAGUUGCCCACCAGUGUUAUCAUGGCUUCAUGAAGGCUGUCCAGGAAGGCAACAUUCAGUGGGAGAGCCGGACAUAUCCUUACCCUGGAACCCCCAUCACACAGCGCUUCUCACACAGUGCGUGCUAUUAUGAUGCUAACCAGUCCAUGUACGUGUUUGGAGGCUGCACGCAGAGCAGCUGCAAUGCUGCCUUCAACGACCUCUGGAGACUUGACCUAAAUAGCAAAGAGUGGAUCCGACCUUUGGCUUCAGGGUCCUAUCCUUCCCCGAAGGCUGGCGCCACUCUGGUCGUGUACAAGGACUUGCUUGUGCUGUUUGGUGGCUGGACACGGCCAAGCCCCUAUCCCCUACACCAACCAGAGAGAUUCUUUGAUGAAAUACAUACUUACUCACCCUCUAAAAACUGGUGGAAUUGCAUUGUGACAACCCAUGGACCACCUCCCAUGGCUGGCCACUCCUCCUGUGUCAUUGAUGAUAAAAUGAUCGUCUUUGGUGGCUCUUUAGGGUCCCGGCAAAUGAGCAACGAUGUCUGGGUCCUUGACCUCGAGCAGUGGGCGUGGUCCAAGCCGAACAUCUCAGGCCCCAGUCCCCAUCCCCGAGGUGGCCAAUCUCAGAUUGUCAUAGAUGAUGCAACUAUCUUAAUUCUUGGAGGGUGUGGUGGUCCCAAUGCUCUGUUCAAGGAUGCUUGGUUAUUGCACAUGCACUCGGGUCCCUGGGCCUGGCAGCCACUCAAGGUAGAAAACGAAGAUCAUGGGGCCCCCGAACUGUGGUGCCAUCCAGCUUGCCGGGUGGGACAGUGUGUGGUGGUCUUCAGCCAGGCUCCCAGUGGGAGAGCCCCACUUAGCCCCAGUCUGAAUUCUCGCCCAUCACCCAUCAGUGCCACUCCUCCGGCCCUGGUUCCAGAGACCCGAGAGUACCGCUCCCAGUCGCCAGUGAGGAGCAUGGAUGAAGCGCCUUGUGUCAAUGGCCGCUGGGGGACCCUAAGGCCCAGGGCUCAGAGGCAGACUCCGGCAGGCUCUCGAGAAGGGAGCCUGUCCCCCGCCAGGGGAGAUGGCUCACCUGUUCUCAAUGGUGGCAGUUUGUCUCCAGGAACAGCUGCUGCUGGCGGCGGGUCUUCCCUGGACAGCCCCCUUCAGGCCCUGUCUCCGAGCACACCAUCUGCUGCUGAAGGAUACGACCUGAAGAUGGGGCUCUCUGCAGGCCCCCGACGAGGGUCACUCCCAGAUCAGAAAGAUCUGAGACUGGGAUCAAUUGAUCUAAACUGGGACCUGAAACCUGCCUCUACUAGCAAUCCCUUGGAUGGUGUGGACAACAGGACAGCCGGGGGAGGCGGGAGACACCCUCCGGACCAGACCAAUGGUGUGCACACCCCGCCACACGUGGCCAGUGCCCUUGCGGGGGCCGUCUCUCCAGGCACCCUGCGUCGCAGUCUAGAGGCCAUCAAAGCGAUGUCGUCCAAGGGCCCCUCAGCCUCCGCGGCACUAAGUCCUCCUCUGGGGUCUUCCCCCGGCUCCCCUGGGAGCCAGAACCUGAGCAGUGGUGAUAUGGUGCCUGUCUCCCGCCCAGGGCCUGCCCAGGGAGAUGGACAUUCCUUACCUCCCAUUGCCCGCCGCCUGGGCCACCAUCCUCCCCAGUCCCUGAAUGUUGGCAAACCCCUGUACCAGAGUAUGAACUGCAAGCCGAUGCAGAUGUAUGUGCUGGACAUUAGAGACACUAAGGAGAAGGGGCGGGUCAAGUGGAAAGUGUUCAACAGCACAUCUGUGGUCGGUCCUCCUGAAACCAGCCUGCACACGGUGGUGCAAGGCAGGGGUGAGCUCAUCAUCUUCGGAGGACUCAUGGACAAGAAGCAGAAUGUGAAGUACUAUCCCAAAACAAACGCCUUGUACUUUGUGCGAGCAAAGAGAUAGUGUGUUCUAACCCUUCCCUUUCUGUGGCUUUUGAUUUGGAAUUUUCCAGUGUGCAAGCGUUUGGACUGAGAAUUGGGAAAACAAAGAAAUUACUCCCAUAAACCAAAACUCCAGUUCCCAGUCUCACUCACUCCAGGCUGGGAUCAAAUCUCCACUAAGAAAAAAAAAUAUAUAUAUAUAUAAAUAUAUACAUAUAUAUUAUAUAACCAACUGUUUACAAAAAGGGCGAGAUCUCCAUCCCGAUUCAGAUAAAAUUGUUGCUGUGUU